GGCCCCACCCUUAGGACCUCAUUUAACCUUAAUUAUUUCCUAAAGACCCUAUCUCCAAAGACAGUCACUUUGGGAUAUAACAGUACUUCAACACAUGAAUUUGGGAGAAGUUCACAAAUCAGUCCAUAGCAAUAACCACAGUACCAGGAAACACAGCAACAAUAUUUGUGGCAUGAGAGGUAUUUUAAAUACCUUAAAUUGAGAAUACCUAUGUUUAAAGAUUUAAUAAUAUAUCAGAUUUUUAAGUCCAGCCAUACUGAUGGCAAGGAGAUGAGUGUUGAACAGUGGCAUAAUUAAUUUUUAUAUGGUAGGGACAAAUAAUUUUUAUAUGUGUAUAUAUCAGUACACUAAUGUUAGAUUUCUUUAGAGAAAACUCAGUGAGGGUGGAGCUGAAGAAGUGGAGAAGCCGUAACGCACUGGCUAUUGUUAAUGGGCAUAACAAAAAUUCUGAGUGGAAUGGAGCUCAAUUUGAACAUGGAUCAAAGCAGCGAUGGAUGUGUGAAAAAGAUUAGCAGUGUGAAUCUUGACAAACUUAUAAAUGACUUCUCACAGAUAGAAAAGAAAAUGGUAGAAACUUCUGGAAGGAACAACGUACUGAAUAUGCAGUUGGAAAAAGCUAACUGCUUAUUAAAAGGAAUGCAAACAAAUGAGGCCUCACUUAAAGAAGAAUGUGCUACUCUUCAUAAUAUGGUAAAAGGGCUACAACAGACCAUUGAAUAUCAACAUAAUUUGAAAGGUAAAAAUGAACAACUGAAAAGAAAUGCUGAUCUUAUGAAAGAAAAGUUAAAAUCUCAUGAACAGGAAUAUAAGAAUAGCAUUGCCAAACUUAUAAGUGAAAUGAAAAUCAAAGAGGAAGGACAUAAGACAGAAUUAAGGAAACUUUACCAGGAUAUGCAGAAAAAAGUCGAAUUAAAUGAAGAAAAGAAUAAAGAACUGGUAGAGAAAAUGGAGAUGGAAAUUUCAGAGUUAAAAGCAAAGUUAAAAAUUCAAGAGAAGGAAAAACAAACUGAAAUAAUCAAACUACAGCUAGAGUUUGAUGCCAAACUAGCAAGAGUUCAAACUAAACCAAAAUCAUAUCCAGAUUCUACUGUUUUGCCACAAAGUAUCUACAGAAGGAAGCUUCAACAUCUUCAAGAAGAAAAAAACAAGGAGAUUGCAACUCUUCGUAACACCAUUCGAGAACUGGAGCAGCGCCUCUCUGUUGGCAAGGAUCCUCACCUUAAACGUAGACGGUUUUAAGGACAGCAGUAAAUUCAUUUGUUGCUAUUUAACUCCUUUAAAAGCAGUUGAAAACUUUACUUCUGUUGUUAAUAUAAUAAACUUCCUAAAUAAUAACAAUGUCAGAGACAGCUUUAGACAUUUUAAAUUGAGUUUAUUGAAAUAAAUCCACACUUUGGCCAACUA